AGUCAAUAUAUUAAUAAAAGAUAUUUUAUAAGAGAAGAGAAAGAAGAAAAAAAACAUGUCGUAUAAACUCGCUAAAAAGAGAAAGAGGAAGCUGGGUUUGAAUGGAACAUUGGUGCAUGCGGGCGGAAACAUAAAUAUUUUACAGUAAAACCUCAGAAUAAAUUAAAAAAAAAGCUUCUCAAACUCUUUGCUCAAUCUUUGAGCUUUCUUCUCCCUUGUUAAGAUUCGUCUGGAGAAGAGGACCAUGUGCUCAAGAAGGCAGCUUUAAACAUCAUUUGUAAAGUGGGUGAAACAAAUGUUCUUGGAUCACCUAGAAGCUAAAGCUGAGAUGGAUACAAGUAUCCUCAGCCCUCCUGAAGAAAGAAGAGAAUUCUCAAACGGUGAUUUCUACUCUGGUGAAGUCAAAGGAUUGCUUCCUCAUGGUAAGGGAAAGUACUCAUGGUCAGAUGGAACCGUCUACGAAGGAGACUGGGACCAAGGCAAAAUCUCUGGCAAAGGGAAGCUUAUAUGGUCAUCCGGAGCCAAAUACGAGGGAGACUUCUCCGGCGGCUACCUUCACGGCAUCGGCACCAUGACUUCACCAGACCAAUCUGUUUACAGUGGAGCAUGGAGGAUGAACGUAAGGCACGGCCUCGGGAGGAAAGAGUAUUGCAACUCUGAUCUUUACGAUGGCUCAUGGAGAGAAGGGUCGCAAGAAGGGCGUGGCAGUUACUCUUGGACUAAUGGGAAUAGGUACAUAGGGAGCUGGAAGAAGGGUAAGAUGUGUGGGAGAGGGGUGAUGAGAUGGGGUAAUGGUGAUCUUUUCGAUGGGUUUUGGUUGAAUGGGUGUAGACAUGGCUCUGGGGUUUAUAAGUUUGCUGAUGGUUCUUUGUAUUUUGGGACGUGGUCUCGUGGUGUUAAAGACGGGAAGGGAAUCUUUUAUCCUGCUGGGAGUAAACAUCCUUCUCUGAAGAAGUGGUGCCGGUCUCUUGAGUAUGAUGACACGGGGAAGUUUGUGCUUUCUCGUAGCUCGUCGAUAGAUGUUGAUGAGCUUAGGAGUUUGAGUUUGAGCACUGUGAAUCGAAGCCUUUCCAUGAGAACUUCAACUAGUGGAAUGUCUGAUCAUCCAAGAGAGUUGACAUCUAAGUCUGCAAGGACUUUGGGCUCAGGGCAAAGCGAGGGACAGGAUAAGAAGAACCGUGUCGCUUACGAAAGGGAGUACAUGCAAGGAGUUUUGAUUAGAGAAAGUGUCACCACGAGUUCUGUUGACAGGUCACUCAAAAUUAGACCACCUUCAACUCUUAGUAAGCAAGUCAGUGCGAGGACUUUCUUGACCUUUCUUACUGGGGAACAUAAUUAUCAUCUGAUGCUUAAUCUCCAACUUGGUAUCAGGUAUACUGUUGGGAAAAUUACACCAGUGCCAAGGCGAGACGUGCGUGGUUCUGACUUUGGUAAGAAGGCCAGAACGGUGAUGUUCUUCCCUAAAGACGGCUCUAAUUUUACGCCUCCGCACAAAUCUAUCGACUUCUCUUGGAAAGACUAUUGUCCUAUGGUUUUCAGGAAUUUGAGGGAAAUGUUCAAGUUAGAUGCAGCAGAGUACAUGAUGUCUAUAUGUGGUGAUGAUGGCCUGACAGAGAUUUGUUCCCCUGGGAAAAGUGGCAGUAUCUUCUACCUUUCUCACGACGACAGAUUUGUUAUCAAGACAUUAAAAAAAUCUGAGCUGAAGGUUCUACUGAGAAUGUUGCCUAGGUACUAUAAACAUGUAGGGGACCAUGAGAACACACUUAUAACCAAAUUCUUUGGAGUUCAUAGAAUAACACUCAAGUGGGGGAAGAAGGUACGCUUUGUGGUCAUGGGAAAUAUGUUUUGCACAGAGCUGAAGAUUCAUCGUAGAUAUGAUCUCAAGGGUUCAUCACAUGGGAGAUUUACUGAAAAGAUUAAAAUCCAAGAAAAGACCACGUUGAAAGAUCUUGAUCUUGCUUAUGAAUUUCACAUGGACAAGCUGUUAAGGGAAGCACUCUUCAAGCAAAUUUAUUUGGACUGCGCGUUCUUGGAAUCUCUGCAGAUCAUUGACUACAGUCUCUUACUGGGAUUACAUUUUAGAGCUCCAGGGCAGCUUAAUGAUAUCCUUGAGCCUCCUAACGCAAUGUCAGAUCAAGAGAGCGUUUCUUCUGUAGAUGUUGGUGUAACUCAAGAACUCUCCAUUCCUCCAAAAGGAUUGCUAUUGGUGACUCACGAACCCAACUCCGUGAGUACUGCACCAGGUCCUCACAUCAGAGGAAGCACACUCAGAGCAUUUUCCGUUGGAGAGCAGGAAGUUGAUCUCAUUCUCCCUGGAACUGCAAGGCUGCGGGUACAGUUAGGAGUGAACAUGCCGGCUCAAGCUCACCACAAGCUUGAUGAGGACAAGGAAGAGUCGGCGACAAUUGAGCUCUUUGAAGUAUACGAUGUGGUUGUGUACAUGGGAAUCAUAGAUAUUCUACAAGAGUAUAACACCAAGAAGAAAGUGGAGCAUAAAUGCAAGUCUUUGCAGUAUGAUCCCAUGACAAUAUCUGUGACUGAACCCACCAUUUACUCAAAACGUUUUGUCAAUUUUCUGCAUAAGGUGUUCCCUGAAGAGAUGUAGGACUCAAACAACAAUCAUUCUUCUCCCAUUUAUGAUCAUCUAGUCAAUGCUUUUUAUACAUCUGA